AUGAAACUGUUCAUUGGCAGAAAUCCGAGAUCUGCUGUGGUGUCUUCUAAUGGUUAUAACCUUUGCUUCGAGAGGCUACCGAGCGUGUCAGGCAACAGCCAGGUAGGGCAGCAAAACUUGAAGGCACCAGUCGUCUCCAUAAGAUCUAUAAGCGAUGAAGAGCUAGCAGAUACCAAGCACUACUUCGAACUUAAAAACCGGAUGUUUAGUGGUCUAGUUGGCUUGGUUUCUUUGAAUGGUAAUUUAUUUCUAGCUGUGGUUUCUGGGGUUCAAAAAGUAGGCUUUCCCAGAUGGACGCUGGAGAAUGGUCACAUUAGCUCCUCUGAAAAUGUAUUUAAGGUUUUGGACGUGGAAUUUCAUUCUCUUGACGCAGAGAUAUAUGACCAUCUUUAUCUGGAACCUACCGAACAGAACUAUGAAAAGCUUAUCCAUGAGCACCCUUGCGGUUCGCUGAAGAAACUUUUGGGCGAUGGCUCAUUUUACUUCUCGAGAGGCUUCGAUAUAUCGAAUGUCUUGAAGCAUGGUGGGCCCGCACAUAAUUUGGACUAUACAAUCGAUAACCAGGAUCUGAACAAUAUUUGGAAUGCCAGCUUUAUUUCAGAGAUCAUAAACUGGCGAAGCAGGAUUCCCGCACAGGAGAAGGAUCUUGUUGGAGGUGAAUUUUUCACAUUUCUGAUGAGGGGUUUCUAUAAAACAGUGAUAGUAGAACAAGCGAACACUAUCUCCACGAUAACGCUGGUCUCAAGGAUCUCCGCAGAAAGUAAUCAGAAUUCCUUUGCGCUAGAUGGGGUCGACGAAUAUGGUAGAGUCUCUAAUUUCGUAGAGACAGAAAUAAUCGUCAGUACAGAGGACUUCUUUUUGUCUUACACGCAAGUAAGUGGGAAUGUUCCAUUGUUUUGGGAGGUGGUGGAUGGCCAGCUUUUAUAUGGCCGAAGACUGAAGCUCACAAGAGGGAUUGAGCAAACGCAGGCGGCCUUCGACAGACAUUUCGAUAACUUAGCUUCGAAAUAUGGGGUGGUGAGCGUUCUCAAUCUUGUUAAACCUAAAAGCGAAUCUCAAGAGCUGAUGGCUGAUGCGUAUAAGGAUUGUGCUGAAAUGAAGGGAAUCAAGUUUACGAGCGUCGAAUAUGGCUCUAGGUUACUCACUAAAACUCCUCAUAAGCUUCUGUACUUGCUGAAGCAGGACCUGUACGAAUUUGGCGCAUUUGCGUACGAUAUCAAAAAGAAAAUUUACGUUGGUAAGCAGACUGGGGUUCUGCGAAUAAGCUCUUUCGGUUCUGUGAGCCGCAUUAAUACAGUAGAAAAGCUUGUGAGCCGUGAGGUUCUGGAGCUUACCACAAGCGAGCUAUCAGGAAUAGAAAUAACCUCGCCUUUUUUGAAAGCUCAUGACAGACUUUGGUCAGAGAACAAUUACUGGCUGGAAGCUGUUUACUCGAAAAACAGCAAGAAUCCCAGCAAAUACCGAAAAGUUUACGGGAAGCUCUUCAACUCCAAGGUUAAAAUAUAUGAUCCGCUCCAUUCAACGAUUUCACAAUAUCUCAGACAGCGUAAAGAAUCGUAUACUUACAAAAAAGAAAUUACCAUUUUCGCUGGAACAUUUAAUGUCAGCGGUAAAAUUGCUUCAGAAGACGUCAAGGAUUGGAUAUGCCCCGAUAUAUCUAAUGAAGAUUCCUGUGCCCCAGAAAUGUACGUUAUCGGAUUGGAGGAGGUCGUUGAAUUAACGCCAGGACACAUCCUUUCAACAGAUCCUUAUGUUAAAUCGUAUUGGGAGAAGAAGAUUCUGGGAGCCAUCAAUGGUCUGAAUCCUGAGCGAAGAUAUGGCUGCGUUUGGAGUAGCCAGUUGGGCGGGGUCCUCCUGAUGCUUUUCGUGAAUGAAUUGGAGUAUCAGAAAGUAAAACACAUCGAAGGUGACAUGAAAAAAACUGGUUUUGGCGGAAUGACCUCUAAUAAGGGAGCAGUUGCUGUUAGUUUUAAGUACUCAGCCACCAAGUUUUGCUUGCUGGUGUCCCACCUAGCGGCGGGUCUGGACAACGUAGAGCAGCGUCACAAUGAUUAUAAGACUAUUGUCAAAAACAUCAGAUUCUCUCGUGGCCUAAGGAUUAAAGAUCACGAUGUUGUCAUAUGGAUGGGGGACUUUAACUAUAGAAUACUGAUGUCUAACGAUGAGGUACGAAAAAUGAUCGCGGCUGAGGAAUUUUCUAAAUUGUUUGAGAGAGACCAGCUCAACCAGCAGAUGAUUGCUGGAGAAGCCUUCCCCUACUACCAUGAAAUGGAGAUAAAAUUUCCUCCAACUUACAAAUUCGACCCCGGGACGAAGACGUAUGACACUAGUGAGAAGAUGCGUAUACCAGCCUGGACGGAUCGUAUACUCAGCAGAGGGGCGUCUCUUAGACAGUUGACUUAUGGCUGUGCCGAGAAUAUCUUAUUUUCCGACCACAGGCCUGUCUAUGCUACGUUCCGAGCAGUAGUUACAGUUUUGGAUGAACAGGAGAAGGCAGCGCUGGCAGCAGAAAUUUACCAGAAAAUUGCGAGCAAGUUGGCCAGUCUGAACGAUAGAGAGAAGCUCGCUUUACUGAACGACGGCAGUCUGUUAGUAGAAAGCUUAGAAAAGGACGGCUCAAAAACUCCUGCUAUCUCGCCGUCCGCUGCGUCUGGUCACACUACCGGGGUGAGGCUUCCUCCCCCCAGCUCCGAUCUUAAGAAAUGGUGGAUCGGCAACGGAAAGCAGGUAAAAGUAAUCAUUCACGUUGAUCCAUCAAAGUACGCUCUCAAUCCAGAAAGAAGUGUUAAUCCAUUCUCUUACGAGGAUAAAGACGAGCCAUUAUUCGUGCCUAGGGAAAUUACAUAG